CCAAUACUUGAUGUAACUGAAACUUAACGACAGAACUGCCAAGAAAGUCCAAAGAAAUAGGUUACUGGAAUUCUGUAACAUAUGUGGGAUAUCCACGUCCACAAUCGAAUAAUUUUGGCUCAUUUAAAAUUAGAAUUUGAUAAGGAGUCAAGAGCAGAACAUAUACAUUCCUAUGAAGCCAGAUAACCCAGAUUGUACAGGACACAGUUUGUCAUGGUGAUCUAAACUUGGAAAAACUAAGCUGAUGCAUUUUCUAAAAUCCACCCCAAGUGACCAAAACAACAACUAACGGAUGCACUAAUCAAAGCAGAGAAAAAAAAAAUACUGUGCAGCUGGACUGCUGGCUUAUAUCGACAAGACUGUCAAAGUGAGACGUAAAGGAACAGGGUCACUUACGAAGAGUCAGGGGACUGUGCUGAAGGAUGUCUUCUCCCAUUGGUGGCUGGUAAAUAUUCUGGUAUGACAGGUACAGCUUCACAGACUGGCAAGGCCCAAGCAGUUCACAGCUCUGCUCCCUCAUCUGCAGCAAGUAUCCCAGUUUCUGGCACAACCCAGGAAGUGCAGGCUCAGCUGGAGGCAGACAAGCAUGCUGUGUACAGACACCCUCUCUUCCCACUGCUGACUUUGCUGUUUGAAAAGUGUGAACAAGCAACACAGGGCUCUGAAUGUAUCACUUCUGCCAGUUUUGAUGUCGAUAUUGAGAACUUUGUGCACCAGCAGGAACAAGAGCACAAGCCUUUCUUCAGUGACGAUCCAGAGCUUGAUAAUCUGAUGGUAAAGGCAAUUCAGGUGCUGCGAAUUCACUUACUGGAGUUGGAGAAAGUGAAUGAGCUCUGUAAGGACUUCUGUAAUCGCUACAUCACCUGCCUCAAGACCAAGAUGCACAGUGACAACUUAUUGCGCAAUGACCUUGGUGCUUCUUACUCCCCCAUUCAGUCCAGCCUCAGCCUACACUCACAGGGGCUCACAACAUUAAGGAAUAUUGGAUGGCCUACCAAAGGAGGCAGGCCUUGCUCUUCAACUAGUGGGGACAUACUGCAGACAAGCUCUGGGACAACGGUAUCCAGCAGCACUCAGGGAGUCAUGGUACCUGCAACGGGAGGGCAGCACGAGAAUGUUGCCAUGAGAAAAGUCAGCUCUCCACAUGUGCUUACUGGUGGAACACUGUACCAGCCAAUUACCAUGGUAACAUCACAGGGUCAGGUGGUAACUCAAGGCAUCCCACAAGGAACACUACAUACGCAGAACUCACAGGUUAACCUGGACCUCAGCACCCUACUUGACAGUGAGGACAAGAAGUCAAAGAACAAGAGAGGAGUCUUACCGAAGUAUGCCACCAAUAUCAUGCGUUCCUGGCUAUUCCAGCAUCUAAUGCAUCCAUACCCAACAGAGGAUGAGAAGAGGCAUAUUGCUGCACAGACCAACCUUACACUAUUGCAAGUAAACAAUUGGUUUAUCAAUGCCAGAAGGCGUAUCCUUCAGCCUAUGCUUGAUGCCAGCAACCCAGAUCCAACACCAAAGGCCAAGAAGAUCAAGUCCCAGAAUCGACCCACACAGAGGUUCUGGCCUAAUUCAAUUGCAAUAGGAAGGUUGCAGCAGCAAGGAAUCCAUACUGGGACUGCUCCAGAUGGGCCUUUACAUCUGGAUGGCCUGCAGACCCUUUCUUCAGACAAUACUGCCCACACCAUGCAACAAGUCAUGAUGCCUGCACAUAAUGAUUGCUUGGCUGGAACAGAAGAGGAAGAUGAGGAUAUGGAUGAGGAAGAUAUGGAGGAUGAAGAAGAGGAAGAAGAAGAAGAAGAAGAAAGCAGUGAGCCUCAGUUAACAAAUGUUGGAAACCUUGGUCUGGAGCACAGCAAUUCCUUUGAGUGACUUGAGAGGGUGGUACUUUUGCUCCUAGAAUUAAAAUGAAGGUGAAAGCAAUGCUGCCCUAUAUGAACUAUACCAUGCAACACUGCUGGAAGCAUUACUGCCUAAAAUUAUUGAGAAUGAGGUGGUGUCAUUUGCACCAUCUCUAACAGCUUUCAUACAACAUCCCCAAAUCCUGAACCUUUGUAACCCAUUUCUCAGAUACCAUUGGGGCACAGCACAGCUGUAUCAGAAAUAGACCAUUUAAUUAUUUAAGCAUAACACUAGUGUUUAGAGCUAUGAGAGGUUAUAUUUAGUAGAUGUUCUCACAGCUGUCCUUUCUGCAGCAUUCUGUAUUCUGAGACUUUUUUGGUAUGCCUCGCUGUUUUUAAGGAAUAUUUACAGCAGCCAUGCAAAAUCUGAAUUUUAUUUUACUUUUUUUUUAUUUUAUUUGUGAUAAAA